ACUACUAACUACGAACAAUGAUAACAGACGAUUCUGAUAACAGUGAUGACAAUAACAAAACCCCACCGCCUAAAAAGCGAAAGGAGACGAAAAGAAAUCAAAAAUAUAGAAGUGGGUGGGAAAAAACAUAUACCUGGUUAAAACAAGAUGCCAAAAAUGUGCACAAUGCACAUUGUGUAAUUUGCGAUCAUACUUUUUCCAUCGCAAAAAGUGGAGUCGGUCAGGUAAAACAGCAUGGUGAUACUAAUAUCCAUAUUCAAAAAGUAAAGCAUACAAAAAAAACCAGCACGUUUGAACAUUUUUUUGGUGGUGCGGUAGCAGGUCCUUCCUCUGCUUCUCCAGAUUUUCUUGAUGAUAGGGCCAAGAUAACAGCUGGUGAACUGUCAUUAACAUACCAUACUGUCAAACAUAACCUGUCCUAUAACAGCAUGGACUGUAAUGUAAAGCUAAACAAAGUGAUAUAUGUAGAUUCCAAAACAGCAUUGAAAAUUAAAUUAGGCCGGACUAAACAGGAAGCGCUUGUAAAUGAAGUGUUGGCACCAUAUGCCUUAGAAUCAGUUCUAGAAAGUCUUAGAUCACCAGAUAUAUUUUAUUGUGUACAAACAGACGCAAGCAAUAAAAAAAAUAUUAAAUUGUUUCCCUUAGUGGUACAGUAUUUUGACUCAGAAAAUGGAGUACAAAACAAACUCAUAGAUUUUUAUGAAAAUGCCAAUGAGUCAGCAGACGGUAUGUUUCAGGCCAUUAAUAACUCACUAACUGACCACAAUCUUACAUUUGAUAGAGUGUCCGGCUUAAGUGGAGAUAACAUCAAUGCUAAUUUUGGAAUCCACCAUUCUCUUUUCACAAACAUCAAAAAUUUGUCUCCUCAUUUACUGAAAGGCAAUUGUCAUGCUCACAUAAUUCAUAACACUGUUAAGCAUGCUAUGGGCAUCUUAAAUUGUGAUGUGGAGAAUAUUGUGCUAAAAAUUUACAGCCAUUUCUCAUCGUCAGCUUGCAGGAGAGAGGAGCUUAAAGCUUUUGUUGCAGUUCUUGAUGGUGAAUGGCAUGAGUUGAUAAGGCAUGUUGGAACUAGAUGGCUUUCCUUGUUACCCUGUGUUGACAACAUUCUUAAGAACUUGGAUCCCUUAUUUGACUAUUUUAAAAAUCUGGAAGAAGACUGUCCUGUGCACAUAGAAAAUAUUUUACUACUAAAUCAACCACAUGGGGAUAUUAAAAUAAAAGUGUAUUUAAAUUUUGCAAGCCACUCAUUAAACAAUUUUAACAAAGCAAUAAAGCAAUUAGAGGGCAACAAUACAACUAUAUUAGAUGUGUAUGAUAUUCUGAACACCCUUAAAAUUUCAUUAGAACAGAGACAAAAAGAUAUGUUUUUUGGUUAUCAAACAAAAAAGUUUAUGGAAGAACUUGAAAUUAAAAAUUUGCCAGAGAGUGAAAAAAUAAAAAAGAACUUAUUGUUUUUUAUAGAAAAGUCUCUCAACUAUUUGAACAAAUGGUUUGACUUUGAAGAGAGCAACUGGCUUUGUCAAAUUCAAAAAUUGAAUUUAAAACAUUGCCUAAACUUUGAUGAAUGUGACCAAAUUGUGAAAAUAUUGCAUUUAGAGCAAAGACUGAACCUUGACAUGGACGAAAUGUAUGAUGAAAUAGGCACUAUUAAUACCAUAUUAGAAAAUAUUCAAAGUAAUUCUGACUUUACAAUUUUACGAACUGACCAAAAGUGGGUCAAAAUUUUGAAGGGAAAUGGUCAAGGCUUGCCUAAUUUAAAAAAAAUAGUUGGAUUUCUGCUUUCUGUUCCCGCCACUUCAGCAUUUACAGAGAGAAUAUUCUCUAUAAUGAAAUUAAAGUGGCGGGAAGAGAGAAACAGGGCAAACCUUGUUCUAAUCAAAAAUGAGUUGCUCAUCUACACAAAUUUAGAAUUGUCUUGCGAGGACUCAUAUCAACAUUUCCUCAAAGAUAGCAAACUAAUUAGAAAAGCUCAGAGCCAGAGUAAAUAUACUUUUAAGGUGGUAGAUAAAUAAUGUAAUAACUAGGUCCACAACGACUGCAAAUUAUCGGUUACUAAUUACAUAAUUAAUGAAUAAAUCAAAUAAUACAUGAAAAAUAAUAGUUUUCUUUGUACUUCCCAUUCCAUCCCAUGCACAGACUGUCUUGUCACACCA